CUCUCCUCCCUGAGCCAGGACAAAGCCCCGGCAGUGAGUGAGUGGAGCAGGAGGAGGGACAGAGGGAUGGGGAAGGCUGCACAAAAGAAUUCCUCACCCCAAAGCCCCCUGACCGGCAGCAGCAGCGAGUAAAGAAGCAGAUCUGCUCUCCCUCCUCCCUCCUCCCUCCCAUCUUCCCACCCGGCCUGGGCACAAGCCAGAGAGCAGCUGCAGGCGGUCAGAGAGGCCCUCGGAGAGGUGGCACUGUCAGCUUCCUAUAGGUGGCAACAGUAACACCUGUUUGAGUGGUGAGGCUGAGCGGAACACUGACACAGGGAGGAGACAGACAACUCGGACAACUCGGAGAGGAGCUGGGAAGCAGUGCAGAGCACAGAGCAGAGCUGCCGCUGAGAGAAGGCCAGCACCAUGGCCGAUUCCCCCAGCUGCUGCUCCACGUGGGCCCGCUGCCUCCGCUGCCUGUAUAGCUGCCACUGGAGGAAGUGCCCCAAAGAGAGGAGGAAGAGCAACCAGUGCGAAUGUUUCUGGUUUGGCCUGCUCUUCCUCACCUUCCUUGUCUCCCUGGGCUGGCUGUACGUCGGGCUCAUCCUCCUCAAUGACCUGCACAAUUUCAAUGAAUUCCUGUUUCGCCACUGGGGACACUGGAUGGACUGGUCCCUGGCAUUUAUGCUUUUCGUCUCUCUAUUGGUCACAUAUGCAUCUCUGCUCUUGCUCCUGGCUGUGCUCCUGCGGCUCUGUGGCCAGCCUCUCCAUCUGCACUGUGUGCACAAGGUGCUGCUGUUUCUCAUUAUACUUCUUGUGGCCGCCGGCUUUGCAGUACUGGGUGUCCAAUGGCAGGAGGAGUUGCUUAGCUUACAUCUGUCACUACAGGCCACAGCCCCAUUCCUUCACAUUGGAGCUGUUGUUUGCAUUACCAUCCUGGCCUGGCCUGUGGCAGAUGCCUUCUACCGUAUCCACCAAAGAGGUCACAAGAUUGUGCUACUGUUCCUAUUUUUUGGAGUUGUCCUGGCCAUCUACCUGUCCCCCCUGUGCAUCUCCUCACCCUGUAUCAUGGAAUCCAGACACUUACCAUCCAAGCCUAAGCUAAUGGGGCACCGAGGGGCCCCCAUGCUGGCCCCUGAGAACACCCUGAUGUCCCUGAGGAAGACAGCUGAAUGUGGAGCUUCCGUGUUCGAGACCGAUGUCAUGGUCAGUUCCGAUGGGGUCCCGUUCCUCAUGCACGAUGAGCGCUUGAGCAGAACCACAGAUGUGGCCUCUGUGUUUCCGACCCGCAUCACCACGCACAGCAGCGACUUCUCCUGGGCAGAACUGAAAAGACUCAACGCCGGAGCCUGGUUCCUGGAGAGGCCGCCCUUCUGGGAGGCCAAGAAGCUGUCGGGCCCUGAUCAGGAAGAGGCUGAGAAUCAGAGAGUACCAACACUGAAAGAGCUGUUGAAGGAAGCGGCAGCCCUCAAUCUCUCCAUUAUGUUUGACUUGCGCCGCCCCCCACGGAACCACACAUACUAUGACACUUUUGUGAACCAGACAUUGGAGACUGUGCUGGAUUCAAGGGUGCCUCAAGCCAUGGUCCUGUGGCUCCCGGAUGAAGAUCGGGCUACUGUUCAACAACAGGCACCUGGCAUGCGCCAGGUAUAUGGACAGCAGGGAGUCAACACAACCGAGAGGCCCCUGUUUCUCAACCUCCCCUAUCAAGACCUGCCACAGUUGGAUAUGAAGGCACUGCAUAAGGAUAAUGUCUCAGUGAACCUGUUUGUAGUGAACAAACCCUGGCUAUUCUCCCUCCUCUGGUGUGCAGGGGUGAAUUCGGUCACCACCAACGACUGCCAGCUGCUGCAGCAGAUGCGUUACCCCGUCUGGCUUAUUGCCCCUCGAACCUACCUAAUAGUGUGGAUCGUCACUGAUUGUAUCUCCGCCCUGCUGAUUUUGUGUCACUUCAUCCUCUGUGGCCUUCCCCUUACUCAUCCCUGCUGUGCCCCGCUCCCCUCUCCAGGUUUAGAAACAGCUGUGCUGCUCACCAAGAUCAAUAAUGUCGGAAGGGAAUGAAUGCCCUGCCCUAGGCCCGCACCAGCUGUUUACGCCCGCCAACGGCAAGGACGGGAGGAUGGCUGAGGUGGAGUGUUGGUAGUGUUUGGGGUAAGGCGAACUUUUCCAAUGGGAGGUUUUGAACUAUGAGCACCCUCUGCCCAGAUGGUGGACUUGCCCAUGGAAUAUGCUCCCCUUCAGAUUUUGACCUGAGUUGGUGGUGGAAGACAGUGAGUCAUGAAAAAUUUCUCCCAAAGUAAAAUGUUCUAGUACAGAGGAGAUUGCCAACAUCAUGUUUCAGACUUGUGUGCAUGUGUUCAUGUAUAGAAGGAACGGGGUGUGUCAGGGAUGGGACAGCUUGGAACAGUGACUGAAGAGAAGACCGAACGUCCUUCUCAGACCUGUGAGACGAUGAACACACCAAUCCCACUCCAUUCACCACCUCCCUAGACAUCUGCAAUGCAGCUGCUUUGCUACCUAGAGGCUAGAGGCUAAACAGCCCAUCUAGCCAUGAAGUUCUGUGUCUACAUGUGGCUUUUUGCUGCGCACAGCCGUUUUCUUCAAGACUCGUCAGUUCCUGUUUCUUCUCAAUCCCGUCUCUGAAUAAAUGUUAUUUCCAUUUG